AUGAUAUAUUCUUCUGGAAGAGAAUCAUACUUCAACUUGAACUCAACCUGGUAUGAUCCCUCAGGAUCCUGGCUGGACACCCGGCGCACACCCUUCCGCUACGGCUACAACACCUGCUCCUCGGGGUGCGACGGUGAAGGCGUGGAAGGCAUGAGAGGGCACAACUACCGGCAUUAUGGCUAUCGGCAGCCAGUGUGCUCUGAGAGAUGCCAUGGCUAUGCUGCAGCUGAUUCAUGCCACGGAGGGGGGGACUCGAGCUGUGUCAGGAGGCCCACGUACAGCUAUGGGUCAUCAGGGGGAUGUCACAGCUAUGGGAGGUCAGUCUGCUCUGAGAGGUGCCACGGAUCCUCAGAUUCAUGCCACGGAGGUGGCUCGAGCUGUGUCAGGAGGCCCACAUACACCUAUGGGUCAUCAGGAGGGUGCCAGAGCUACGGGAGGUCAGUCUGCUCCGAGACAUGUCACGGAUCAGGGUACCAGGGGGGGAAGCCAAGAUACAGCAAGCCAAGGCAGUGCAUCCAGCAGUGCUGCCCGACUUGUCCCCGUCCAGUGCAGACCUGUCCCCCUCCGGUGAAGACCUGUCCCCCUCCGAUGCAGCAAUGCUGUGUGCCUGUGACAAAGUGCAUCCCAAGACAGCAGCAAAAGCAGGUCUGCAAAGUGCCAGCCCGGAAGAUGAAGUAG